UCUGCUCGGCGGCCGCAACCACCGGCUGAAGCUGGCGCCGCCACCAUCGUGAACCCCUUAUCCCGCCCUCAUCCGACAUUUUGUGCCGCCCACGCCGAGAAACCAUAGUCGGCGCCCCCGGACUGCCCCGAUUUUCUCGGCCCUUCCUCGUCUGCCGCCGCCACCACCGUAGGGCCUUCAUCCUCCUUCUCGCCGGCUAAGACAUUUUCUUAUGGCGGAUGAAACUCUUCUGAAGCUGCUCUUUGAGACACCUUCUGGUUUCGCAAUCUUCGGCAUUGAUGGGGGUUUUCUCUUCGAAGAAAAACCGCUUGAGAUCAUCUGGACUAAAUUUGCCAACAAAACCACGGUAGACCUGGUGGCCUGUCAAUGUGAAUUCCAGAAGUUCGAGAACAAGUCAGAUGCCAUUAAUCCUAGUUCUGGUAUAGAUGGACGCCUUGCUACAAUGAUUAAGAACUGGUGGUUUGGAGAGAAACUUCUUGUUGGAAAGCUUGAGCAUAAAUACAUUAUUGAAAAAGAACUGAAUAUUGUCUGCCGCUAUGAUGAAGUUGCCUUGGAAGCGAUGUGGGGCAUGAAAAACCUGUUACAUAUCGUCGUUCCUGAAGAGGAAUUAGAGCUGAGUGAUGAGGACAGCAAGCAUAGGAGCAAAGGAUUACAAAUAUUCCUGCAAAAUCUUAACUUCGACAUCAAACCUGAUCUAGUUAAUGGACAAAUUACAGAAACAGCAUGCUACGUGUAUCACUGUCUAGAACAUAACAAGGAGAUUCUUCGGUGCAUGCGUGUGACUGGUGUUCUUGAGAAAGAAGGCAUCGACACUCAGGGCUGGGAUGCGUUGAAGUAUGUGACAGCUUUUAUGCUCAUGUGUACAAAUGAAGAUCCAUCUGAGCCUAAUCAGGGGUUUUCAGCAGAGGAUCUUGCGAAGAUAAUCGGUGGUAAAGGGAAAUAUGAUAAGGGACUUCUCAAGGACAAUUUUAUGUCGAUUUACAGAAAAGCGGUCGAUGUCCACCAAACGAAAGUUGCGAAGUUACAAGAGUUGGAUGCUUUGGUUAAGGAGGCUAAAGAAAGGGCAAGAGAAGCUCCGCAGUUGCAAGACGUGGUGGUGUCUGUCACGGAGAAGAGCAAGAUAGAGCCUUGAGGAGCCUAGUGCUACACUGCCAACAGCCAACGGAUAGGAAUUUCGUUGUUGAUGCUGAUGGUAUGAGAAUAUAGUGAGGUCAUUGCCAUCUUGUUUAGGUCCGUCUUGUGAGGCUGCUUGCUUAUGCCGAUACAUUUGACAAGUCUGAAAAAUUGGCUAUUAAUUU